UCCACUCCUGAUUUCUGUUCCCUAGGGCGCGGACAUUGACUCAUCAGAUCUCAAGGGAAUUAUACCCCGCAUCACGGAACAGAUUUUCAAAUCAAUCGUAGAAUCGGACUCUCACCUCGAAUAUGUUGUCAAAGUCUCCUACUUGGAGAUUUACCUUGAACGCAUACGCGAUCUUCUUGCCCGUAAGAUCUCGAACUCUUUUCUGUGAAUCCAGUGAUGAAAAAUGUACUUCAGCCCAAAAUGACAACCUCCAGGUACAUGAGGAAAAAUCAAGAGGCGUAUAUGUAAAGAAUCUUUCGGAUUAUUACGUUAGCAGUGCUCGUGAGGUCUAUGAGAUAAUGAGACAGGGAGGGGCCGCGAGAGUCGUCACUUCAACCAGUAAGUGUCUCCCCGUGUCGUGGCGUUAACCUCCAAGUCACUCGUAACGGCAGACAUGAACGCUGAAUCUUCGCGGUCA